GGGAAGAUCAAAUUUUAUCGGUAAAAUUGGUUGCAGCGGGCAGUUUUAUAACCUACCGUCAUUUAUCUAUUUAGCACAACGUGACGCAUUGAUACACUUAUCACAGCCAUGUCAGAAAUACCUAAUCCAAUACGGGAACCGGAGGUAAAAUACACACAGAUAUUCAUCAACAAUCAAUGGGUAAACUCUGUCAGUGGGAAGACCUUCCCGACAACUAACUCGACAAAUGGAAAGAAAAUAUGUGAAGUUCAAGAGGGAGACAAGGCAGACAUAGAUAAAGCUGUUGAAGCCGCAAAGAAAGCAUUCGAAUUCGGUUCACCAUGGCAAAAGAUGGACGCCAGCAAACGAAGUGCCUUGCUGCACAAGUUCGCCGAUCUCAUUGUAAGGGACAGGCUGUAUAUUGCAAGUCUUGAAACGCUGGACAGUGGCAAAGCAUUUAGAGACUCCUACGUGUGGGACAUGGCGACUGUUGCGACUUUAUUUAGACACUUUGCUGGUUGGACUGAUAAAAUACAAGGAAAAACCAUACCUAUAGAUGGAACAUAUUUUUGUUACACGAGACAUGAGCCUGUAGGCGUUUGUGGACAGAUUAUACCAUGGAACUUUCCGCUUCUCCUGUUUGCGUUGAAGGUCGCACCAGCCCUUGCUUGUGGAAACACAAUAGUGCUUAAACCUGCGGAACAGACCCCACUAACCGCUCUUUACGCAGCUCAGCUGAUAAAGGAGGCUGGAUUCCCUCCAGGCGUUGUCAAUGUAGUUCCGGGAUAUGGACCAACGGCCGGCGCUGCCAUCUCUGAACAUCCGGAUAUCAAUAAAAUUUCCUUUACUGGAUCAACAGAGGUUGGUCAGACAAUAAUGGCAGCUGCAGCUAAAUCAAACCUAAAGAGGGUUACCCUAGAACUUGGAGGGAAAAGUCCAUUGGUCGUUUGGAAAGACGCAAACUUGGAUACUGUAGUUGAAUGGGCACACCAGGCUAUUUUCUUUAACUGUGGCCAAGCUUGCGCGGCUGGAUCCAGGACGUACGUACAUGAAGAUAUUUAUGAUGAAUUUGUUAAAAAGGCUACAGCUCGUGCGAAAGCUAAAGCUUUUGGCGAUCCCUUUGACACUAAAAGUGAAUACGGACCACAGGUCAGUCAAGAACAGUUCGAUAAGGUUCUUGAACUCAUAGAGAGUGGUAAACAAGAAGGAGCUAAUUUGGAAUGUAGAGGCCAGAGCCAUGGCACUGAAGGUUAUUUCAUACAACCAACUGUAUUUUCUAAUGUCACAGAGAAAAUGAGGAUAGGAAGAGAGGAGAUAUUUGGUCCGGUACAGUCUAUAAUCAAAUUCAAAGAUAUGGAAGAGAUUGUAACACGCGCAAACGACACGAAAUACGGUCUUGCAGCAGCGAUAUUUACCGAGGACAUUGACACUGCCCUGACAUUCACUAGCAGGGUAAAAGCUGGGAGAGUGUGGGUUAAUUGCUACUACAAGUCGUCACCCGCAGCUCCAUUUGGGGGAUUUAAGAUGUCCGGUAUCGGACGUGAAUUCGGGGAAUAUAACCUCCAAGCGUAUACGGAAGUGAAAACUGUUGUCAUGAAGACAUCGGAGAAACUGUAAAGUAUGUGUUACUCAAGUUCAGAUGGAAGUGGACAGCUUAUAUAAAAUGAAGCUGAACGUAUAUCGGGACACAGUCCUUGUUAUAUAACAUUAUACAAGAAGAGAAAUAUUAAUAAUACCUAUAUCAUUGUAUAUACAAAAUCAAGGCAAUAUAAUUGAAUUUCAUACUAUACAAGAGUGAAGGAAAUGGACAUAAGCUACACCUGAGAGAAGAUGUUCAAAACGCAAGUGAUGAUUUUCACAUUUCUUUUGUAUGGUAAAAGAAAAAGAGAGGACACAGAAUAAAUCAUUAUGGCAAGCUAUCACUCUUUAAGCAGGUCAUACGUGGUGCAUUAUUUAAACCUGUUAGAAAUGUAAAUCCUGAUAAAAGUAUCUGAUACUGUUUACACAUGAAAUUAUUUUAAAGAUGAGAAGUACUUGGAAAAAAUCCAAGUGUAAGAACAUUGUUUUUAUUCAGGAUUGAUGUUUUGUUUUAGAGCUCAUAAGAUAUUUUCCAGGUGUAGAUAUGUACAAAGACCACAUUGUAUUACUUGAAAGCACUUUAGUACAAAGGUAGAACAAGAAGAAUGAAUCACAGUGAUCCGAACUUGUUAGAGAACGAUACAACACUGAUUGAGAAACAGGCAUCGAGCAUCCUCAACAAAACGUCAAUAACAUUACGUGUUACGCUUUUUAUGUCAAUAUGUCUCUUUUUACCUCUGCAUUAAUUAAACAAUUUAACUGCA